AAUAUUAUAUUAUAAGGUAUAAUGGAUGUUAUCGUUACCAAAGUCGUGAUCUCCGUGGACCACUGCAAUGUUCUUAGCAUCGAGUUGGCAUUCAACAUACUCCAAAGGAAAGUGUUCGCCGACAAUAAAUUGGACGUAUUUAUUUUAACUUUGGACGUGGAUGAAGUAAAAGAAAUGGCUGAACAUAUAAAAAAUUGUUGUUUCUCAAACUUGAAUGAAUUAGUCGUGACCGGCGAUCGCUUCGAGGCGUUCCUGAAGGCCGACUGCCUCCUGUUGAUGACUAAUUUGAACCCGCCGGAUCAUAAAAUUCUCGAAAACGUCCAAGACUUAGAGCAUGUUUUCAAAAAGGCUAAAUCGUUUGAUCGUCUGGCCAACUCGGAUGCCAGGAUCGUCAUGAUGGGACCGUGGUCAAACACGUGGUUACAGAUUUUUGCUGAAGUCGCUACACGCCUGAACAAGCUCAACUUUACCGGUUUGUCUAGACAUCACGUGAGCAAAGCGUUGGGGCUCAUCUCACGAAAACUUGACGUAAGUCGAUCGUGUAUAUUGUGUCAUAACACGAUAAGCCUGUAGGGCUGGGCAAGUUAGUGAUUAUUUUUAAUUGAGUUAAUUUGAUAGGAAACAUUUUUAAAAGUAUAAUGUUAACAGUUAAUAGUUAUUCUAUCUUUUUUUAACUCGGUAGGGUUGUAUUAACUUAUUAUGUGGAAA